AUUUGUCUCGGUAAGAUGCUUCUUUCCGAUUUUUAGCUUCGCUUUAAGCUUGAAUAGAUUGAAAUUGUUCAAACGAAGUGAUAAAUUUUGGUUUCAAAUUGUUUUGUGUUCUAAAGUACUAUUAUUUUGGAGCAAAAGAAAUGGACGGUAGAGGUUGGCCAUGGAAGAGAAAGUCUUCGGACAAAGCCACGACUGAGAAACCAGUUGUUGGAAACGAGUCAACUCCUGUUUGUUCUUUGUCUUACUUAGCUUCUCUGGAGAAUCAGGAGAAGUGUAAAAACACAAACUAUGUUCAGAUAACUAUGGAUUCAUACACACAUAUGAGUAGAAUGGAGGAUCAGGUCAAAUUGUUUGAAGUUGAAGUUAAAGAUCUUAAAGAAAAACUCAAUCUUGCUUACUCUGAGAUUAAGACUAAAGAAUCUUUGAUUCUUCAACAUGCCAAAGUCGCUGAAGAAGCUGUUUCAGGAUGGGAGAAGGCUGAUGCAGAAACUUUAGUUCUAAAACGUCAACUUGAAUCUGUUACACUUUUAAAGCUCACUGCAGAGGAUCGAGCAUCGCAUUUGGAUGAUGCGUUGAAAGAGUGCACGAGGCAGAUAAGGAUUGUGAAAGAUGAGAGUGAUAAGAAGCUGCAGGAUGUGAUUCUUGCUAAGACCACUCAUUGGGACAAGAUCAAAGCCGAGCUUGAAGGAAAGAUCGAUGAGUUGAGCCAAGGACUUCACCGGGCAGCUUCUGACAAUGCAGCACUCACUAGAUCGUUGCAAGAACGAUCUGAGAUGAUUAUAAGGAUUAGUGAGGAGAGGUCUAAAGCUGAAGCUGAUGUGGAAAAGCUGAAGACUAAUCUUCAGUUGGCUGAGAAGGAGAUUAGUUCGCUGAAGUACGAUGUUCACGUUGCUUCAAAAGAAGUUGAGAUCCGCAACGAAGAGAAAAACAUGAGUAUGAAGUCAGCGGAAAACGCAAACAAACAGCAUCUGGAAGGAGUGAAAAAGAUUGCAAAACUUGAAGCAGAGUGUCAAAGGCUUAGAGGGCUUCUACGGAAGAAGCUUCCUGGUCCUGCUGCUAUGGCUCAAAUGAAAAUAGAAGUUGAAAGCUUAGGGCAUGAGUUCACAGACCCUCGAGCACAGAGAAACAUGUCUCAAAAUCACAAUGCACACAUCGCAAAGGCAGAGAUUUCUGAUGAUCAUAAGUUGGAAGAGUGCAAAAGAGAGAAUGUAUAUCUCACAAGACGUACAUUGGAAAUGGAGGAGGAGAUUCAGACACUUAAAGAACAUCUCGCUGCCCGUAACAAUGAACUGCAGGUUUCGAGAAAUGUAUGCGCGAAAACUCUUGGGAAGCUUAAGAUUCUUGAAGGGCAGAUGCAUACGUUUAACAAUGACAAGAGUGCUCCAAAAUCAAAUAGCAGAAAUCUUUCUGAAAGUCCAUCCAGUGGUAAUGAUCAUAACUAUCCGCCUAGUGUCACCUCGGUAUCCGAAGAUGGAUUUGAUGAAGAAGGAAGUUCUUCUGAGUGUUGUCCAGCAACCUCAGCAGAUUCUCAUAAAGUGAGAAAAGUAAGUGUUGAUGGUUCCUCAAAGCCUAAGAUUUCUAGUAGACUGGAGUUAAUGGAUGACUUCCUGGAGAUUGAAAAGUUAGCAGCUAAUGAUCCAGAUGGAGCUAACUCAGCUUCAAAAUCUUCCAACAGUGUCUGCAGUAGUAAAUCUGUGGAAAAACAAUCCACUAGUAAGUCCAGUGAGCAAGAUGAGGAUACAACAACACUUGAUCAGCUGUUAACGGUUCUCCACUCAAGAAUCAACAGGAUAUUUGAAUCUCAAGAGGGCAUUAGCAUUGAGAAAAUAGUUGAAGCCGCAAGAUUUUCGAUCCAAGAGAUGCAAGGAUCAUCACCCAAACAAAUGUUAAGUCAUCUGUUUGAAGUUACUGAUGAAACUCUAGAGAAACAUGUUUUGUCAUCUCAGGAUAUCCAAAACAGCGAAAAGGAGCAGAAGGACACCAAGCAACAAGAUUUGGAAGCAGCUGUUUCCAAUAUUCACCACUUCAUAAAAUCAAAUACAAAGGAAGCAACAAAACUUCAGGACAUGAAUGGGAAUGGACAACUGAGGGAGAGCUUGGAGGAUUUCUCUUCAUCGGUUAGUAAAUAUCCAACCGGUGAAUUAAGCCUUUCUGACCUUGUUCUAGAACUCUCCCGCAUUUCGGUUCUAGCUAGUAAAGAGACUUCUGUUGCAGAGAGCAACAAUAAAGUUACAUUGCUACAAAAAGAGAUUGGAGAGUCAGAUUGUGAUCCACUGAGAGACACAUAUGCUAAGACAGAGGAUCACUGUGUAGAUAACUUGAUCAAUGGUCAUGAGUUGAAUUAUUCAUCAUGCAAGAACUUGUUGGAAGAGAUGGAACAGCUAAAGUUAGAGAAAGAGAACAUUGCAGUAGAAUUAUCAAGAUGUUUUCAGAAUCUUGAAUGUACAAAGGCAGGGUUGGAAGAAAAAAAGCAGCUCAUAUCGAAGCUGAAAUCGCAGCUCACUUCUUCAGAAGAUCUCCAAAGCUUGGCUGAAACUCAGCUUAAAUGCGUUACUGAGUCAUACAAAUCGCUUGAACUUCAUGCCAAAGAUCUUGAAGCUAAAGUGAAAAGCUUAGGAGAAGAGACAGAGAGACUUGAACUGGCUUUCUCCACAGAAAAGCAUGGCCAUGAGGAGACUCUAGCUAAAUGCAGAGACCUUCAAGAAAAAAUGCAAAGGAAUGAGACUUGCAAAAAGUGUUCAUCAUCCAAACUCCAACCUAGUCAGGAGAAAGACAUAGCAUCCGCAACAGAGAAGCUUGCAGCUUGUCAAGAAACAAUUCACUUACUCAGCCAACAGUUACAAUCCUUGCAGCCACAGAGCAACCACAUUCUCAAAUCUCAAUCCCCUGAGAAGAAGCUUCAACAGCACAAAACCUCAGAAGUAACACCAAACUCUGCACUAGAUGAUCUUCCCCAUGCUCAUAUCAUUCAACCAUCUCGUUCUGUUAGACACACGGUGAAUCCAACGGUCCAUGCUAUCAUCAAGUCUAGCUCGGUUUCUUCAUCCUCUAAAGAAGAUAAUGAGAAGCAUACACGAGGAUUAGGCCGUUUCUUCUCCUCUAAACCGAAAAACAAUGGACGUUAAAACGCGAGGAGAUAACACACUCAUUAUCUUCUGGAUCGUUUGAUUUCCCUCUUCCUUCAUGAUAUGUGUAUAUGUUUACAUGCGUUUUGAGUAUGUGAGAAGAGAACAGUUCUAGUGAAGAUCAAUCUUUGUCUUAUUACUUACUCUACACAACAACAAAACCUCACCUUAAAA